AUGUCUGCAAUGGUUAUGGGGCCCCAGAUCACUCUCUACAAGGGCCAGCACUUCACAGGGCGGACCCUGGAGGUCCUUGGGGCCUGCGACAACUUCCAGGACCGAGGCUUCAUGAACCCGGGAAACUCCAUCCGCUUGGAGAGCCGAGCCUGGGUCUGCUUCGCCCACCCCGACUUCCAGGGCCAGCAGUUUGUCCUGGAGCGCGGGGACUACCCGGAUUUCCUCCGCUGGAGUGGCCACGACCACCUGGGCUCCUGCCGGCCGGUGGGGAUGGUGAGUGGGCCACUCCACCCCGGGGCAUGGCCCGACCUGGGGCAGUAA